GAAUUUGUCGGAGUUAGGUGCCAAAUUCGUCGCAUCUAUACAUUUUUCAUUGACAUGCAUUUUGCUGAUAUAAUAUGUGGAAGACUGUCUUCUGAACUCUAUGCCUUUUAUCACUGCCAAGUAGACUUAUUUUAACAUAACCGCGAGAUAGUUGUUUUCAUUAAAACCGUUUUGUAUGUUACGUAUAAUUCACUGUUUAUUUAACAACCGUAUGAUUGUUUUAUAAAUAUGCAACAGUUUGUGUAUUUUUACAUCGUACAAGCAGUGAAAUUACGCAAUGAUGAUGUAAAAAUACGUAAUAAUAGUUGCACUGUAAAAUUAUUUUCCAACAUAUUAUUACCGUGCUAAACUCUUGAAAUUAAAGUCAGUGUUUGACGACCAGGCCACAAAGACAAUGCGAUUCUACAUGAUAACCAGCAUAGUUGCAUUUGCUUUUGGCUUUUUAAUGGCAAUACAAGGGGAUUCAGGCGCGUGUAUUACCAGGAUCAUCAACGGACGUUUCGUUACUCAAGGACAUUGCGAGAAACCUGACGGAGAAGAUAUUGUUGAUCAACUACGUAGAAGGGUUAAUGCGGCCAAAGAAAGGGAAACGUGCCCGAUCUACUAUAACGGUAAAUGUAUCUGGCCAAUUAAAGUUGGUGAAAAAACAACAAACUUUGCUAGUGCUAUCUCGGUUUGCACAAAUAUUGGUCGAAAACUCGCCGACAUCACAAGUAAAAAGCAAUAUAAUCUUAUUGCUUCAUACAUGGAACCAUGGUUAGAUGAGGAUUCAAAUCGAAAUCUUUAUAUUUGGACUGGAAUGAAAUACAGUUCUAAGAUUAAAAAUCUGACGUACAUCGAUGGUACCAAACCCAACUGGUUGUUAAAAUAUCCUAAUCUGCCAGCAAAAGAAAAAAAUGUAGGAGUGGUAAUAGGAAUAUCAGAUGCACAUGAAUUUAUUGAUUAUCGAUAUUGGAAUAAAGUAGGCUUUGGUGCUUUAUGCCAGUAAAGUUAUUAUAUAUAUCUUUGUAGCAACACCAUAUAUUGACUAUAUCGGUAUCGGAUGGAUGUGGACCGAUUUUUUAAUCAUGAACAAAUAUAUAAAUCGAAUAUUAAUGGAUUUUCCAAUGAGUAUACUACAAAAUAUGUCGUUAUAUAGGUACAAUCCUGCGCACGAUCGAUAGGAAAAGUAAAUAUUCAUUUAUUUUACCACCCACAGUAGCCAAACCCUUGGAGUUUUCUAAUUGAACACCAAGAUUACUAUCGUCAGUAUAUAAAGCAAUUUCUUAUUCUGUGAUAUAUAUAUAUAUAUAUAUAUAUCUUUCCAAUCUGAAUUGAUGUGCGCUAUGAAUAUUGCUCAAAGACUAUUGUUCCAACCUUUAAACUAUUCUACACACUUGAGAUAAUAAUUACAUAGUAUCGGAGUAUCGACUUUUUUGGUGUGAAAUUGUGUAUCGGCGACAGUAGCGGUAUCGGUACAUCUCUAAUAUAUACUGAUCAAAAAACUAAAAAUAUCACCUGUUAAUAUUCUCAUCUAGUUGUACAAUAUUUUCUCUUUUUUGAUUUGUUGUUCACUUUUCGUCAUUUCUUAUUUUU